UAUAUAUCGAAUUGCUGUUAAGCGUUUGCCCAAAUAUUAACGUACAUUGUCUUUAAAAAGAUAUUUUACAAGGAAUAACGAGAAAUAUGAGUGAUUCAAUAAUAGAAAUCUUUAAUUCUUUUCAGACUUACUUAGUCGACGAAGAAGAAUUGCGUGAGGAAAUCCGUGCUAUUGUAAGAGAACUUGAAAAGAACUCCAGCGACAUAUCAAUGAUAUUGCAGAACAUACAUAUUGAAGAUAACUUUAAAGAAAGCUUAAUUAUACAUGAUUAUUGUAUGUCAUCAAGGGAAUUGCUUGGACAAGUACGUAAGAACUAUGAAAGACUUGCAGAUGUCGUGCCACAAAACCAGUAUUACAAAUAUCAUGAUCAAUGGCGUUCUGUCACACAAAAAUUAUGUUUCUUAGCAUCUUUGAUAGUAUAUUUAGAAAUUAAAAUUCUACUUAAUAAGAACACUGCUGCAGAUAUGUUAGGAGUUAAAAGAGAUAAAGAGAAUGGUUUCCAUUUGGACUUAGAAGACUACCUAAUGGGACUAUUACAAUUGUGUGCAGAAUUGAGUCGUUUUGCUGUAAAUAGUGUCACUAGUGGUGAUUAUAAUCGACCCAUAGAAAUAGCACGAUUUAUGCAUGAUCUAAGUGCAGGCUUUAAACUCUUAAAUUUGAAAAAUGAUUCUCUAAGAAAACGUUUUGAUGGCUUAAAAUAUGCGAUUAAAAAGGUAGAAGAAGUAGUUUAUGAUCUCAGUAUACGAGGUUUGAAACCACGUUUAUCUAUUGAAGAUACAAAGUAAUUAUUUUUAAAAAAUAUUUUCUGUAACAUGCUGUCAUACAUAAUAAAUUACUGGAGCAGCUA